AUGCCGUGGUGCAUUGUUUUUUCCGGAUGUUGGACAUCGGUCGAGGGCCUCGAGGAGGCGCUAUUUCCCUCGAAGAGUCGAUCAAAAAAUGCGGUCGGACAAAACAAUGGAGCGCAGCACUGCAGGUGCUCCGCGAAGGAAUUCGAUUGGGUGUGCAACUCCGCCCAAGCCACUACAUUGCGACCGUCGGCGCAUGCAGACACGGCGGGCAAUGGCAACCCGCGCUGUCAGUGCUCAGUGAGAUGUGGGAGGCGAAGAUGGAGCCCAACUCAGCUACAACGCCGGGAUCAGCGCGUGCGAGAGGGGCGAGCAAUGGCAGCGGGCCCUAGAGCUGCUGAGCGAGAUGCGGGAGGCGAAGCUGGAGCCCUCUAUACUACAAUCAGCUACAGUGCUGGGAUCAGCGCGUGCGGGAAGGGCGAGCAGUGGCAGCGGGCGCUGGCGCUGCUGAGCGAGAUGCGGGAGGCGAAGCUGCAGCCCAACUCAGCUACAAUGCUGGGAUUAGCGCGUGCGGGAAAGGCGAACAGUGGCAGCCGGCGCUGGCGCUACUGA